UGUUAUCUUUUUGAAAUAUCUUGUUUUUGUUCUACACAAAUCAACUCUUUGUUUAUUUAUCUUCAAGACCUAAUAAUUUAUUAAAAAAAAAAAACAUUAAAAAUUUUUAAUAACUAUAAUGUUUCGACCAUACGAUUGGGAAAACAGAAAUGAACAAGCAGUAGCUGAUACUUACAGUGUUCUUGAGAGGACAUCCAAUAGUAUUAAUCGAUCAAAUCAGGUAGCAAUCGAAACUGAACAAAUUGGUACCGAGGUCCUUUCCGAGUUGAGUGAACAGAGGGAAUCCUUACUUAGGACCCAACGUCGUUUGGAUAGUGCAGACACGGAACUAUCGAAAUCACGAGCUGCAUUGCGGGCAAUACGUCGUAAUGUGAUAUACAAUAAAUUGAUAUUAAUUUUGAUCAUUCUGCUAGAAGUGGGCAUACUUGUCGGCUUGCUUAUCAUCAAAUUUAAAUGAUCAUUAAAAUAGGUUUUGAUAUCAGUUAUUAAUUAUCGUAUGUACAUUUCUUAAAAUAAAAAAUGAUUAAAUUUAGAAAAUACGGGCUCUAUUAUGACUCGCGAGUCGAAUGUUCGACUCAAGUCGAAAGAUUUGGGAAACACUCAUAUCGUGGUGUUCCGAUCAGAAAACUACGAUGACGUUCCCGCAAUGCAGUCAAAAUAAAGAGACUGAUGUUACAAUAUUAUUUU